AUGCUUAAAGAAUUAGGUGAAUAUUUAAACAAGGAACCAACAAAUAUAAAGGAGUUGUGUGCCAAAGUGAAAUUGGAAGAUGGUCAAAAUGAGGGACAAGUGAAGGGCAUAUGCAAGGCUUUAGUAAAAAUAGUCUACUGGAUGGAAGGAAAGGGUAAAUGGGCAAGAAACCGGAAGGAUGAAGGAUGUGAAAAGAAUUUUAUUGAAUGUCUAAGGUGUAAAAUAGGCAAGGAAGCCAUGGUAGGAAUCCUCAAAAAUAAGUGCAGAACAGAGGGUAUUAUGGAAAUUCUCUCAGGAACGAUCAAUGGGAAGACGAAUAUAGAGAAAAUGGAAGAUGUACAGAACAUAUGUGAAUGUACUCAAUUUAAAGAUAAGAAAUUUAAAGGGGAGACAAUUGAAGAACGGAUGAAGAAAUGGAUAAAAGAAAGGGAAAGGGGCGAUGCUGGAUUUAGUAGAAUAAUUAAUUGGGAUUUAAAGUGUCCGAAGAAAGGAAAAACAAAGGAAGCAAAAUCACAGGAACAACCAACACAUCAGACGACAGCUGAGGGAACUGCUCACGAUAGUCGAGAAGGUGCAAGUAGUAGUGUUAGUGGUCAUAUUAGUACCAGUAGUAGUAGUAGUGGUGCUGCUGGAGCUACCGUCCUUCCUGCUCCUAUCCCAGUUUUUCACAGGACAUACAACCCUAAUUUUACCCCAUACCUUCCUACCGUUCCUGUUGUAAUUGGUCUUUCUGCUAUGGCCUACCUCCUUUGGAAGUACUUUGGAAUGCUUCGUAAGACAAGAAAACGUUACAGAAGGGCUCAUCAACUACGUGGUCCACUUCCCUUAGAACAGCAGAUUGUUGACCAUGUGCACGAGCAGGGUGAUGGCCAACGUGAAUAUUAUUUAGUAAAGGAACGAAAACCAAGAUCUGUUCCAACGAGAACGAAGAGGUCAAAAAAACAGGGCGUUGAUCGUCGUGUGUGUCACCGCACGAUUAUUGAUAUUCAUUUAGAAGUCUUAGACGAAUGUCAAAAAGGGGGCCUCCAUUCGACGAAAGAAGACUUUUUUAAAAUUUUGGUUCGAGAAUUCAUGGGAAGCGAACUCAUAAAAAAAGUCUUUGUUCCUAAGGAACAGGUUCCAAGUUCAGGUUGCGGGUUUAGGGAAAAAGACUCUGUCCCUAAGCAAGAUGUUCCAAGUUCAGAUUCCAGGUUGAUGGAGGAAGACUUUCUUCCUAAUGAAGGUGUUCCUAAGGAUGAGGUUCCUAAGGAACAGGUUCCAUGUUCAGAUUCCGGGUUUAGGGAAGAAAGAAUUUGUUCUUAA